AUGUCGUACAGCGAGCGCAACUCCAAGAAGCGAAAGACCGACCACAAUGGUGGAGGGCAGGAUCAAAGAUCCUUCAAGCCUUCUGCGACUUUCAAUCCUACUGAAGGAGGCCGGCCAUGGACUCUAUCUGUCGCAAUUCCCAGCAGUAUCCUAACAAACCUUGCGACUGCCGACCAGCGAAUGACCCAGCCUGCGCGCAUUGCUCGUGCUCUCGCCGUCUUCUCUGUCGAUGAAGUUGUCGUAUUUGACGAUUCACAUGUCUCUACCCGACCUCGUCAAACAGACCCAAACAGCUACACAGGCGACACCGAUCCAUGCCACUUCCUUGCGCACAUUCUGUCCUUCCUUGAGGCGCCCCCAUUCAUGCGCAAGACUCUUUUCCCUCUUCACCCUAACCUGCGACUCACUGCCAUGUUGCCCAGUCUCGACAUGCCGCAUCACCCCAACCCUAGAGAUUAUCUCUCUUACGCCGAGGGAGUUACUGUCACUGGCGCGACUAGUACAGGAUCCGGAACCCUUGUUGAAUGUGGCUUGGAAAACCCUGUCGAGAUUGAGGCAGACAUCCCUCCCAAGACGAGAAUAACACUCAAGUUCCCCGAGGACGAGAACCAAUACCCCGAGCCUGUUCAUCCCGCUGCGCCAAGAACUGAGGGUGGCUACUACUGGGGUUAUACUGUCAGAAAGGCCAACUCUCUCUCCAAGGUUUUUACCGAGAGCCCCUACGAGAAUGGUUAUGACGUUAGCAUUGGCACAUCCGAACGUGGCGUUCCGGCUUCAAAGGCAUUCCCGCCAACCAAGAAGGUCAACUUCAGCCAUCUUCUCAUUGUUUUCGGUGGCCCGCGUGGUAUAGAAUUCGCGGCCAUGAACGACGAAGAGCUUAGCAGCAUGGAUAUUCAGGGCUCCAAAACGAAGGAGCUGUUUGAUCACUGGAUCAACGUUCUGCCUAACCAGGGCAGUCGAACCAUUAGAACGGAUGAGGCUGUUUUUAUUGCUUUGACUUCAUUGCGAGGUAUUUGGGAUUCUAAUUAG